GGCUCCUCCCUUCCUCCACAUCUGAGGAACAAACCAGCCAUGCCUCACUGACUUUUUUUUUAAGUAGUUGUUUCUCCAAAGUUUCAGGUUCAGACAAGUCGUCUGGCGUCAGGAAGGAGGGGGGGGGGUAACCUCGGCUGUUGUUCGUUUCAUGGGAGGCUUAACGUUUACCGUCUGACUUUGGACUCUUGAUUCCCGGGAUUGCGUUUGCAGCACCAGGAGCCAAGUCUGAUUUCUGUGCACCAGCGACUGACAGCACCCGCCAUUUAUUGCAGCUGCUGUCAGUGGGGAUGCUGUCAGCUCGGUGGUACAGCGUCCUGAAGACUCCUAGUUUGUGCUCCAGUAGAUUAUGAUGCCAUUUGGAGGAGGAAACAAGUGCGGCUGCUGCCAGAAGACGGUGUACUUUGCAGAGGAGGUGCAGUGUGAAGGGCGAUACUUCCACAAGUCCUGCUUCCUCUGCAUGGUGUGCAGGAAGAACUUAGACAGUACGACAGUGGCUGUUCAUAAUGACGAGGUUUACUGCAAAGCUUGCUACGGAAAGAAGUACGGGCCAAAAGGUUACGGAUACGGCCAGGGAGCAGGGACACUCAGCAUGGACAGGGGAGAGUCUCUGGGCAUUACACCUGCAGAACCUGCUCCCCCUCGUCCCACCACAAACCCAAACCCGUCCAAGAUGGCUCAGAGGUUCGGCGGGUCGGACAUCUGUCCACGCUGUGGCAAGGCCGUCUAUGCCGCUGAGAAAGUGAUGGGAGCAGGAAGUGCAUGGCACAAGAAUGGAUGUUUCCGCUGCGCCAUCUGUGGGAAGGGUCUCGAGUCCACCACACUGGCUGACAAGGAUGGGGAAAUCUAUUGUAAAGGGUGCUAUGCCAAAAACUUUGGACCUAAAGGAUUCGGCUAUGGACAGGGUGCAGGGGCUCUGGCACACGCUCAGUAGAGAGUCCCCCCCCCCCUCCCCAAAGGUUAACUGGGAAGAAGCCCCGGAACCAGAAUACUGCACUACUGUCUUGUACCUGUGGGGGGCGUGCUGCAACAAGCAGACGAGACACGUAGACGAAGGCACGGAAUACACGCCUGCUUUAAUGAGUUAAAACCGGAAAUGGGGAGCCCCUAUGUUUGUGUUGGUAAAGCGGGGGU